AUUCGACAACUCUCCUGUCAAUGAAUUGUCAAAACGUACCUAACCAAAACAAUUAGUUCUCAUUUAAUUUAACGUUCUUUUUUAAUCAAUUUGUGUUUUAUUAAACUUUGUAGCCAUAACUGAACCCGUGAAUAUGCCAUCUGCGGUCGCGGAACAACCGGAUCGCGAUGAGCUGAUGCGUAAAGCGUUGAAAGCGCAUAUAAUGCGCGAAAGACAACGUAAAAAACAAGAACGCGAGGCGAAAGUUGAAGAGGAACGCCUACGUAAAGAACGAGAAGCUCGUGAACGCCAAAACGUGAUGACUUUGGGUGAAACUAGAGAUCAAUUGGCUGAAAUGGAGGCGAAAUUAGUAUCGUUGAAGGAGGAGAAACACCAGUUGUUUUUGCAGUUGAAAAAAGUGUUGCAUGAGGAUGAUAAUCGUAGGAAACAAUUACAUAAAGAAGCAAACGAUGUUCCUAUGCCUGUUGUACCUGGAUUACCACAUCAAACUCAUCAUUUGUAUCAACCAAUUAAUCAAUCGUUACAACCGAGAGCUCAACCUCUUCCACAACCUGGCUUUAAACAAACUAAGAGGCAAAGAAGUCCAAGUCCGCCACCUGUUCCAGUUUCAAUGUAUCAUCAAGGUUAUAAUUAUAAAGCACCAGCUGUUGUAAAUCCUACUUAUCAUUCACCCCAAAAAGAUAGCCGAACACACGAAUUAGUAAGGACUGUAUUACGUACGAAAACUCCGCAAUAUUGUGCGAAUACAACCCAUCCAAGUUAUUAUCCAGUACAAGAUUUAGCGAUUUUUUCACCGCAUUAUCUACCAUCUAGAGAACCAAGUCGGGGUUUGUAUGAAAAUUCGAGGGCUCAAGUGAGUUACAUCGAACAAAAACCAAUGGAUCAUUAUGCGUUGGCUUCUCAACCAUCUCAUUUAUUACAUGGAACAUCGAUUCCGAUAAGUCCCGCACAACCGAAAAACGCGGGUAGUAUCACCGCUGGGUAUCCAAUUAGGAGUCAGACUCAAUAUCAACCAGCUCCAGCACCAGCUGCUGCCAUUUAUACAACACAGAGUAGACCGUUGUAUCAAUCUCCAAAUACUCCUAUGAAUUAUACUAGGGAUUAAAGAGUUUUGUCAAGCUUUAAAAGUUUUUUAAAAAUAUAAUACAUUUGUGUAUAUAUAUAAAAUUAACAAAUAAGGAGUGGGAUUUUUGCUGUAGCCACAAAACAGUUUUAACGGAUAAAAUGACGCUUAAUAUUGCUAAAUAAGAAUUAAUUGAUGUGAUUAAUAAAAAUAAAUAUUGGAGAUUUA